GCAGUUCUACCUGGAAAUGUUAACCGCAAUACACAGAAAAGGUUAACGUCAAAGCAGAAAAAAUGAUAGAAAUCAACGUAAGUUAACUUAAGUCCACGAGGGAACAAGGGACAUUAAACGCAACACUUGACUUGCACAAAUCCUAUUCCUUGUAAUGGUCUCUGCUCGGCUCUGAGGGAUAGGAUACGGGGAUACUGACACCAUUCUGUCAUUGGUCAGCGGUGACAGACUGUAGGGUGGAAUAUAGCGUUCAGCCUCACAGAUCAAGCCAGACUGCAUCUUCCUCUGACGGCGAGACCAGGACAAAGCAGCGAGCGGCCGUUUUCCCCAUCACAACACCGUCAUGGAUUUACGUGUUAUUAUAGAGCAAAUGGAGACGGGAGAGCAAGACAAGGCGCUGGCGGUGUUACAGACCUUCAAUAAAGAGAUGAGCCAGUGCUUCUCAUUCAACAGAGAAGAGGGACAGGAGAGAAAGCGUCUGGGCGAGCUGGUGCUCAGUUUCCUCAGCAGGGAGUUGCAACCAUCCUGUCUGCUGGCAUGUCUAGAGACGGUUCGAAUCUUGACCAGAGACAAACAAUGUUUGGAUCCAUUCAUCAGCCGCUCAGCUAUGCUCACACUUGCCCACUAUUCUGGUAUUGCCCAUCUUGCUGCACCUUCCCAAGGCCCAUUGGAGGACAGCAAAGAGGUUGUUGUGGAGAUGGAUGGGAAAGAGGCAGUAGAGGACUCCAGUGUGAUGGUAAAGGAGUCCUCCCCUCCUUCAGAAAACACUGAUCAAGAAGUGAUUAUAGAGGCUCUCAAGUCCAUCUGUAACAUCCUGCUCCACAGUCUGACAGCACAGGUCAUAGCAGCUGAUCUGCACUUUAUUGAUGGUAUAGCAGAGAGACUGAAGCAAUGUAAUCAUCCCACCUGGAACCAUGAGGGUGACCCCGCCUCUCGCCCAGAACGAAACCAGUUGGAAGCCACCCUCUGUCUGUGUUGGCCAGAUCCCCUGGUGACAGCCAGAGCGGGGUAUGAAGGUUUUCCACCUGAGGAACUUCCCCAACUGAGCAGGCAGCAGACAGAGUUAGCUAUUGAAAUACUGAAGAUACUUUUCAAUAUCACAUUUGACACAAACCGACGCAAGGUCGAUGAGGAAGAGGCAGUAGAGUACAGAUACUUGGGCGCUCUCCUGAGACACUGUUUGAUGAGCCAAGCAGACGGAGAGGAGCGGACUGACGAGUUCCACAGCCAUACUGUGAAUUUACUGGGGAAUCUGCCGCUACCUUGUUUGGAUGUACUGUUAUUGCCAAAGGUGGAACAUGGCUCCAUCGAGUACAUGGGSGUCAACAUGGAUGCUGUGAACAUGCUGCUGGAAUUCAUGGAGAAAAAACUUGAUCGUGGCCAUAAGCUGAAAGAGACUCUUCUUCCAUCUCUAAACUUACUGACUGAGAGUUCCCGCAUCCACCGAGAGACCAGGAAAUUCCUCAGGUCAAAAGUGCUGCCCCCUCUUCGCGAUGUGACAAACAGGCCAGAAGUCGGCAGUGCUCUCAGGAACAAAUUAGUCCGUCUCAUGACACACAUUGACACCGAUGUCAAGGACUGCGCUGCUGAAUUCCUCUUUGUGCUCUGCAAAGAAAGUGUUUCAAGGUUCAUCAAGUACACUGGAUACGGUAACGCUGCAGGUCUGCUGGCUGCCAGGGGCCUUCUCAGAGGGGGCCGAGACUCUGGGAUYUACUCUGAAGAUGAAGACUCAGARACUGAAGAGUACAGAGAGGCAAAGCCGCAUCUAUCACUGGUCAACUAUCUCUGGUCUAUCACCGGGCCUAUCGGCUCAAACAUAAGUCAAGACCUUCAAUCUAUAGGCCGUAUAAACCUGAUCACAGGUGUUCUUGAAGAGGAGCAGCCCAAUCCAAUGGAGGGAAUGACAGAUGAGCAGAAGGAGUACGAGGCCAUGAAGCUGGUCAACAUGUUUGACAGACUGUCAAGGACCAAUUUGAUCCAGCCCAUGCAGCUUAAUUCAGAUGGGAAGAUGAGAGAGAUGACUGCGGAGGAUYUGAAUAAACUGGCCACAAAUCCAUUGUUCCAGUCACAAGAGCCAGCUGAUCCAGACAGCGAGGAUGAAACCUAGUUAAUACACAAACAUGACAGCAGGUUGAACCAGCUUUCAACCUUUGUGACAACACUGCAGAAAAAUGAUGACAUCUUAUAACGUUUACCACGCUAGUCCACUUAAUUUGAUUGGAAGAAAGGUAAAAACAUUUGGCAUYAAUUUAGCAAACAUAAGAAUGCAGCAUGGAGUGUACAGGAGGAAGUUGAAUAAAAACCUUUAUUGAGUUUCACAUCUCAUUAGUCAAUAAUAACUGACUACCUACCAAACAGCACUGGUGUUCUGAAGAUGCAUAUGUUUACAUUGUCCUACAAAUUUGAUUUAGUUUUGUUAUUAAUUGACUUCAGGCUUAAAACCUUCAAMCACUGUUGACUUUCCAGAAUAAGCAUUUCAGUGACUGUAAAUCAAGAUAAUACUGCUUCUGGAAAAUGCUUUGAUCUUGAUGAAAUCUCUCGUCAGAAGCAUUUUACAGAAUGCAAUGCUUUUUACCAGACAAUGUAUGAUCUUACUUUUAGAGAAAAUGUAUUUAAAGAAAAUGCUAUUUAGUUUUUUGAUGUGAGAGUCAGCUUUAUUUUUGAAAUGGAAUUUAAUAAAAAUAGGUGGAUGUUAUUUUUCAUGAUGCCCCAUAAACGUUUUAUUUUCAGAAGUGAAAGACCAUUUACUGAUGAAUAUGUUUCUAUGUUAGACUUUAAUUGACAUAUUAAGCUAUGAAUAUAAUCCAAGAAAAUCAAAUCUUUGUUUGCUUCUUUGUAUUGUAGUUGAAUAGCUGUUUGGACUGUAAAGUACACUUAAUGCAUCUCAAUAAACUCUGUCUGUCAAUGGUA